AUGGCGGUGCUAUUACCAGCAGCGUUCCUUGACGAGAGAGGCGCGCGGCUACAAGAAGGAGAGGGGAAGCAGCAUUUCCAAUACGUUGGAGGAGAAGGUGGGACAGGCAAGUCCCGUGUCAUUCACGCCAUCAAGGACAUAUUCCGGCUGAAGGACAGCCUCCAUACAUUGCUCCUCACAGGUGCUAGUGGAAACGCCGCGGCGCUUAUUGGUGGAGUGACCCUCCACUCAGCGUGUAACUUGGGCUUUGAGGGCAGGAAUGAAGCUCUACGAAGCAUUUCGGAAGAAGAAAAGCUUCGUUGGAAGAAUGUCGUAUUCUUGGUUGUCGAUGAGAUCAGCCAGGUAGGUGGCCUGACAUUUGCAUCCGUGGACAGCCGUCUAAGGUUAUACCGAGACGACGCUCAUCGUCCUUUUGGAGGAGUGCCAAUUGUAAUCCUUUGUGGAGACUUCUUCCAAUUCGACCCUGUGAGGCAGACCAGCUUGCUGCUGCCUCAGCCCAAGGACCCCGGGAGGCAGAGGCCUGAGACUUUGGCUAAGCAUCUGGCAGCCUAUAAGCUGUUCCUCCAGUUCUCUCACGUGGUCAUUCUCCGCGAGCAGGUGCGGGCGGCCCGAUAUGCUCGAUUACGUGGAUUUCUGCAGCGUCUUCGAGAGGGCCGGCAGACCGAACUAGACUUUGUACGCUUGUGUGGCCGCCUAUACAACCAGGAGUCUCAACCCUCGUUUGGCGAGGGGCUGAGAGCAGUGACGCCCCUGAAUCAAGACAGAUGGGAUCUGAACAUGGCGGCGGUGGUGCAGUGGGCUCGCGCCCAGGGCAAGCACAUCUCAAUAUUCAUAGCAAAGCACGAUGUAGAAGCAGGAGAGAAGUUGGGUGCGGAAGAGCUAUACGACGUCCUCCGCUACGGGGACGACUCCCAUCUACCGACCCCUGGCUUGUUCUUCUAUGCAUAA